AUGGCAAAACAUCAUUUGCACUCUAACAGUACCAACACGAGCAUCCCCAAGCCAAUUUCAUCCGCUUCUACGAUCUGCCCAUCCGUCCACACCAAUACACUCCAAACACCCAUCAUACAUGGGGCUGGGCCGAUCACCACAGUGAUGUCAAUGCCGACUUCUAAGAUCACGGCCAUCACUCUGAGCUACACCGAUCUCGAGAAGAUCGAGCUCCUCGAUCGUGGCCAGAACAACUGGGGCAUGUGGUCCGCCAAAAUACGCAAUUAUCUACUCCUUAAGCACGGAGGAGGUUACUUACUCGGUGUCAUACCAUGUCCCAACAACAUCCUAGAUCCUGCGGGUGCUAGUACUUGGGACCUUAACAACCUUUUGUCGCAUCAUGGCAAACAACAUACACAAUGGAUCACUGUCAGCAGUUCAAAGAUUGUUAACAAACAUGUGUGGUAUUAUCACAGGAAUUUGAACAUCGUUGUCGCAAUGGGAGGCUGGUGGUUGAUGGAAAAGUUUAUAUUGGACGACCUGCAAUACACGCCCACAUCAAUAAUUGUUCAUCUGGUCAUGAAAGACAGAAGCAGAAGAUUCAAAACUUACACAUCGAAUGGUCAGAUAAUCACUCUGAUGGAGACUAAAAGAGGAUGGGAUGCAUUACAACCAAUCACGGAGGCACUGACCACCAUUGACAUGACAAUGAUGACCCCAGGAGGAAUUGCAACAUUCUAUCCUGAAAUGACAUUAGAAUGGAAUGGAUAUUCGACCCACAAAGGGAACAAACUGUUACAAGGACAAUGCUUUGCAUCAGUAAAGUCCAAUUUUCUCACAGAGGUGACAAACUUUGGGUUUUUCAACAGCGAGUCACAGGGCCCCACAGUUCGCACAGGUUCACAGUACACAGUGAUACAGCGACUCCAGUGA